GUUGUUAUUAGCAUUUGCUGUUUGUUUAUAUAAAUAGUGACCUAAAUCUGAGUUUAUCUGACCAAAUUGAAAGUGAGACUUUAUUUAAGUGUGAUUUAAGUAUAUACAAUAAUUUUAAUACUUAAUAAUAAUCAGUUGGCGUUGAUGUUAGUUUUGAGAAGUGUUUCGGAAAAGAAAUGCCGUGAUAAAAAUGUUCCAUAACUCCUACAAGUAUUUGCAAAUCUUUAAAAGUUCAAAUUGUUUAAAUUGUAAUCACGUGCAGACCUUACAUGGAUAUUGCGACAAAAAUAAGUUAGCUACCAGCCUGGAGUUGCCAAAAGUGAAACUUAAUGAUGGCCGGGAAAUGCCAGCGUUGGCGCUUGGCACCUACCUCGGCUUUAACGAGCACGGUAUAAUCCGGUCCGACAACCACCAGCUCCGCGACGUGAUUUCCCGCUCCAUCGACGUGGGAUACCGCCAUUUUGACACGGCGGCCGUGUACGGCACGGAGGGGGAGGUGGGGGAGGGGAUAGCAGCCAAGCUCAAGGAGGGAGUGAGCAGGAGCGAUAUAUUCUUCACCACUAAGUUAUGGAACACUCACCACAAACGGGAGCAGGUGGCAGCGGCCCUACAGCAGUCCCUCCACGCCUCAGGGCUCAACUAUGUGGACCUUUAUCUCAUGCACUGGCCCAUUGGAUUGAAUGAGAAUUACAGCUACUCCGAGGUGGACUUCAUGGAGACAUGGCGAGGGAUGGAAGACGCGCACCGUCUGGGCCUCGUCAAGUCCAUCGGCGUCUCCAACUUCAACCAGGAACAGCUGGCAAGGCUGCUUAAUGAGAGCAGCGUCAAGCCCAGUGUGCUGCAGAUUGAGGUCCACCCGCAGCUCCCCCAAACCUCACUAGUAUCCUACGCCCAAGCCCGCGGCCUGGCCGUGAUGGGCUACAGCCCGUUCGGGGCGCUCGUGGCCCGCUUCGGAGCCCCCGCGCCGAAGACGGAGAGCGUUCUGCAGGGGCUGGCCAAGAAAUAUGGGAAGACCGAUGCGCAGGUCAUAUUACGGUGGCUGGUGGAUAGAAACAUAGUCCCCGUUCCAAAAACCAUAAAACCGACGCGGUUAGAAGAGAACAUCAACAUCUUCGACUUCAAGUUAGAAAAGGACGAAAUACAACAAAUUAAUACACUGAAUACCAACACGAGAUUCACGCUGCCGUCGUUCUGGCAAAACCACCCUUAUUACCCUUUCGAGAAGAUUGACAAUCCUAUACCGAGUCCUUUUGGUUAACACUUUGAUAGCCAAACCUGUCGAAAUAAUUGGGCUGUACUGGCAAAAAAAAAAGAAAUUAAAAAGUGGCAACACUGUAGUAUCGUCCCGUUUUUCUUAAGGGCCCUCCACACUCGUACGCGAAUCGCGGCGCGAAGCCUAGUUCGCAAUCAGCGAAAUCGACUCCACACUUGGUCUGGAGCGGGCUUUAGAUUGAUUUGAAAGGGACGAUACUAAAGUGUUGCCACUUUUUAAUGUCUACUCUAUUUUGCCAGACUGUAGCCGUGCGCGUCAGUUGACAUUUUUGGCGGUCAAAGGUUUAAAUAGUUCUAGAUUUAAGAUCUGAGGUGUACUACCUAUAUUGUCAAACAUUAAUUAAAAUUACAAUCCAUUUUUUUUGGCCUUAGGGAUGUUUAAGUUAUCGAUAAUAAAUUCGAUAAUUCUAGUGAUUAUAAUACUUAAGAGAUGGCGCUGGCAAUAAUCAAAAUAUUUUUUUCUGGUUAUUAGGUUUUUAUUUUGAUACCAAUGUUUGUUUUUUAAAAUAGAAUGGGGGGAAAUAAAAUGAAAAUGCCAUUAUAUA